GCUGCCAUAUUUUUUAACUUUGAUUUGAAUUUUUUCUGUUCUUCUAUCUACCCAAUGCUAAGCUUUCGUUAAGGUACUCAUCCUCCUUUAUCUUUUCCUCUUCCUUCUAGCUUGUUUUUACUGCUUUCAGGCUUCAGUUUUUGCUCAUUAAUCAUGUUUAUUUUCGGUUCUUUUAAUACUAUUUUUGUAAGUUUAGAGAACUAAUUCAAUAGAACUUUGGUCUUCUUUUGUUGAUUUUUUUUCUUUGUAAAUCAUAAUCUUGAAAAUCAACAUUGAUUUAGUUCUUUGCCUAGUCUAUGAAUACACUUCCAGAUCAUUUGCAAUUUGAUCAUGGCUUCAUGAAUUUAAAUUCAAUCAUGACCCUCACAGAUCCUCCUGUUCCAUCUUUCCUUAAAACCAAUCAAAACCCUCCUAGUGAUUAUUCUCCAUCUUCUAGUAUGUACAAGUAUGACGAUCCUGCAGAUAUCAGUGAGCCCUUUCAAGCAACUCUUAGGUAUAUAAAUUAUAUGCUCAUGGAAGAAGACCUGGGGGACAAGACAUGCAUGUUGCAGGAUUCUUUGGCUCUUCAAGCUGCUGAAAAAUCCUUUUAUGAUGUCCUUGGCCAGAAAUACCCCCCUUCACCAAAUCAGCAUCCUCCAUGUUGCAACUCAGAGAGCCCAGAUACUUAUUGCGGUAGUAGUAGCAGUGCUGAUAGUAGUAACGGCAGUAAUACAGCAAACAACUUGGUUCAACCCAACUGUACAAGUAAUCAAUCCCCUCUUGUUGCCUAUCCUGAAAAUACCUUUAUGGUACCAAAUUUACAUGGGGAGAUACAGCCUUUUGGGGUUUUCAAUGGAGUCAAAGUUAGUCUUGCUGAUGAUGAUACUGUUAUCCCAAAGACUGGCUUGUUAAAUUCUAGAGAAGAGGCAGUAGCCGGCAUAGCAAAGGACAUUGCACACAGUUGGAAUGACAAUCAGCUAGAGGAUUGUAAUUCUCUAGAAGAUGGGAGAAGAAGCAAGCAUUUUGCGCAUUCUAUUUCUGAACAUGAGCCACUGGAGGUGUUUGAUGAAGUAUUGCUUUGUAAAUGUGAGAAUAAGUCAGUACCAUGUUUAAUUCACGGAUUGUGGCAAGAUGGAUUAAGUGAAAAGGUGCAGCAGAUAGGCCUGUCAAAAGAGUCUAAUGCUGGAAAAAGGAGCACGAAGAAGAAAGGAAAAAAGAGACAAGUGGUGGAUUUGUGGACUCUUUUAACCUCCUGUGCACAAGCUGUGGCUAGCUAUGAUCAAAGGACUGCAACUCAUCUCCUAAAGCAAAUUAGGCAGCAUUCUUCCCCCUUUGGCGAUGGAACUCAAAGACUGGCCUAUUACUUCGCUAAUGGUCUUGAGGUACGCCUGGCUGGCACCCAGCCACCGACCUCUGUACAUCUAUAUAGCAGGGCAUCGGCUGCCGAUGUGAUACAAGCUUACAAGGUAUAUGUUACAUCAUGCCCCUUCAGUAGAACUUCAUAUUUUCUGGCCAACCGGACAAUUUUGAAACUUUCAGAAAAAGCAACAAGGUUGCACAUCAUCGAUUUUGGCAUUGGUUAUGGUUUUCAGUGGCCUUGCCUUAUUCAGCGUGCUUCGAAAAGGCCAGGUGGUCCUCCCAAUAUCCGCAUUACAGGUAUUGAUUUUCCUCAACCAGGUUUCCGGCCAGUAGAAAGAGUUGAAGAGACAGGGCGCAGAUUAAAAUCUUACUGUGAGAGGUUUAAUGUCCCAUUUGAGUUCAAUGCCAUAGCACAGAAAUGGCAGAAUGUUCAAUUAGAGGAUCUCAAGAUUGACAGAGAUGAGAUAACAGUUGUUAAUUCUAUGUACCGGAUGAAACAUCUGCCUGAUGAUACAGUGGCCAUUAACAGCCCAAGAGAUGCAGUUUUAGGGCUGAUUAAGAAAAUUAAUCCAGAAAUAUUCAUCCAGGGAGUUGUUAAUAGUGCCCACGAUGCACCAUUCUUUCUUGCACGUUUCCGGGAGGCACUAUUCCUUUUUUCAGCACUGUUUGAUAUGUUGGAGGCCAAUAUUCCUUGCGAAGAUCAGGGGAGAAUGCUGUUGGAAAGGGAAUUUUAUGGAAAAGAUUCAAUGAAUGUGAUUGCUUGUGAAGGUGUAGAGAGGGUUGAAAGGCCUGAGACGUAUAAGCAUUGGCAGUCAAGAAAUCUGAGAAUUGGGUUCGAGCAGUUGGCACUAGAUAAAGAUAUAUUGAAGAGCGUGAAGACUUUAGUAAAGCGGAAUUAUCACAAGGACUUUGUAAUUGAUGAAGUCGGCCGGUGGAUGCUACAGGGAUGGAAGGGGAGACUAACCCAUGCUCUUUCUGCCUGGAAACCCCUCCAGGAUUGCUUUCUCCAAGGAUUACGUGGUUCCGUGAAUGGAUUUGAAUUUGACAAUGGUUCGAUUUCAUCAGUCUUUCAAAAUCUCUAUUUUCAAAGUGGUGAGUCCACUUAUCCCACCACUGCACAGCUUCCUAUUGAUUCAGACGCAAGCCCCUACACGGAUUCUCCAGAUAAUGCAUGUGUCGACAAUAAUGACUCUGCUGAUGCCGUUCUCAAGUUCAUAAAUGAGAUGCUUAUGGAAGAAUACUUAGAAGAGGAGAACUGCAUGUUGCAGGAUCGUUUGGCCCUUCAAGCUGCUGAAAAAUCCUUCUAUGAUAUCAUUGGCCAAAGAUACCCUCCUUCUCCUAGACAGAUUCUUCCAUGUUCCAAUCAGAAGAUCUACAGCUCAGAUGAUUGUUUCAUUAUGGGAAGCAGUAACAAUUGCUAUACAACGGCUAGUAGUAGUAGCCUGGUUGAAUCUAAUUAUGUUCUUCAAAGUUCUCUUAUUAACUCUCCGUUUAACACCUUUUUAGUACCAGAUUUGUACAGUCAGAUUCAACCUUUCGAAAGGUUCCAGGAAAGAAUAGGAGAAGCUGGUGAGAGACUUCUUAAUGACGAUGUGAAUGUUUCCGCCCAAAGCAACUUCCUGAAGCCUUCAAAACCAGAACUGGUGGCAGUAACCAUGGCAGAGAAGACUCGAGAUGAUAGCAUGUAUCUUGAAGAUGCAAGGAGCAAGAAGGAUCCAGCAUUCUCUCAAGCAGAGCCAGAAGAAACGAUGUAUGAUGACGUAUUACUCUGCAAGGCCGAGAAUAACAAUUCAGAAUUGUGUUGUCUUUAUGGACCACUUCACAAUAGAUCGAGUGAGAAGUUGCAGCAUAGUGGACAGGGAGAAAUGAAACACACAAAGAAGAAACGGGGACACAGAAGAGAAGUUGUGGAUUUGUGUAAUCUCCUGAUUCAAUGUGCACAAGCUGUGGUUGGCUAUGAAAAAAGGACUGCGAAUGAACUACUGAAACAAAUCAAACAGCACUCUUCUGCAAUUGGAGAUGAAACUCAGAGAAUGGCAUAUUAUUUUGGUAAUGGUCUUGAGGCACGACUGGAUGGCACAGAAACUCCGGCCUAUACCCCAAUUUUUAGUUCUUUGCUUAGUCGAUUGAAUAUACUUCCAGAUCAUUUGCAAUUUGAUCUUGGCUUCAAGAAUUUAAAUUCAAUCAUGACCCUCGCAGAUCUUCCUGAUCCAUCUUUCCUUAAAACCAAUCAAAACCCUCCUAGUGAUUAUUCUCCAUCUUCUAGUCUGUACAAGUAUGACGAUCCUGCAGAUAUCAGCGAGCCCUUUCAAGCAACUCUUAGGUAUAUAAAUUAUAUGCUCGUGGAAGAAGACCUGGGGGACAAGACAUGCAUGUUGCAGGAUUCUUUGGCUCUUCAAGCUGCUGAAAAAUCCUUUUAUGAUAUCCUUGGCCAGAAAUACCCCCCUUCACCAAAUCAGCAUCCUCCAUGUUGCAACUCAGAGAGCCCAGACACUUAUUGCGGUAGUAGUAGCAGUGCUGAUAGUAGUAACGGCAGUAAUACAGCAAACAACUUGGUUCAACAAAACUGUACAAGUAAUCAAUCCCCUCUUGUUGCCUAUCCUGAAAAUACCUUUAUGGUACCAAAUUUACAUGGGGAGAUACAGCCUUUUGGGGUUUUCAAUGGAGUCAAAGUUAGUCUUGCUGAUGAUGAUACUGUUAUCCCAAAGACUGGCUUGUUAAAUUGUAGAGAAGAGGUAGUAGCCGGCAUAGCAAAGGACAUUGCACACAGUUGGAAUGACAAUCAGCUAGAGGAUUGUAAUUCUCUAGAAGAUGGGAGAAGAAGCAAGCAUUUUGCGCAUUCUAUUUCUGAACAUGAGCCACUGGAGGUGUUUGAUGAAGUAUUGCUUUGUAAAUGUGAGAAUAAGUUGGUACCAUGUUUAAUUCACGGAUUGUGGCAAGAUGGAUUAAGUGAAAAGGUGCAGCAGAUAGGCCUGUCAAAAGAGUCUAAUGCUGGAAAAAGGAGUACGAAGAAGAAAGGAAAAAAGAGACAAGUGGUGGAUUUGUGGACUCUUUUAACCUCCUGUGCACAAGCUGUGGCUAGCUAUGAUCAAAGGACUGCAACUCAUCUCCUAAAGCAAAUUAGGCAGCAUUCUUCCCCCUUUGGCGAUGGAACUCAAAGACUGGCCUAUUACUUCGCUAAUGGUCUUGAGGUACGCCUGGCUGGCACCCAGACACCGACCUCUGUAAAUGUAUAUAGCAGGACAUCGGCUGCUGAUGUGAUACAAGCUUACAAGGUAUAUGUUACAUCAUGCCCCUUCACUAGAAUUUCAUAUUUUCUGGCCAACCGGACGAUUUUGAAACUUUCAGAAAAAGCAACAAGGUUGCACAUCAUCGAUUUUGGCAUUGGCUAUGGUUUUCAGUGGCCUUGCCUUAUUCAGCGUGCUUCGAAAAGGCCAGGUGGUCCUCCCAAGAUCCGCAUUACAGGUAUUGAUUUUCCUCAACCAGGUUUCCGGCCAGUAGAAAGAGUUGAAGAGACAGGGCGCAGAUUAAAAUCUUACUGUGAGAGGUUUAAUGUCCCAUUUGAGUACAAUGCCAUAGCACAGAAAUGGCAGAAUGUUCAAUUAGAGGAUCUCAAGAUUGACAGAGAUGAGAUAACAGUUGUUAAUUCUAUGUACCGGAUGAAACAUCUGCCUGAUGAUACAGUGGCCAUUAACAGCCCAAGAGAUGCAGUUUUAGGGCUGAUUAAGAAAAUUAAUCCAGACAUAUUCAUCCAGGGAGUUGUUAAUAGCGCCCUCGAUGCACCAUUCUUUCUUGCACGUUUCCGGGAGGCACUUUUCCAUUUUUCAGCACUGUUUGAUAUGUUGGAGGUCAAUAUUCCUUGCGAAGAUCAGCGGAGAAUGCUGUUGGAAAGGGAAUUUUAUGGAAAAGAUUCAAUGAAUGUGAUUGCUUGUGAAGGUGUAGAGAGGGUUGAAAGGCCUGAGCCGUAUAAGCAUUGGCAGUCAAGAAAUCUGAGAAUUGGGUUCGAGCAGUUGGCACUAGAUAAAGAUAUAUUGAAGAGCGUGAAGACUUUAGUAAAGCUGAAUUAUCACAAGGACUUUGUAAUUGAUGAAGUCGGCCGGUGGAUGCUACAGGGAUGGAAGGGGAGACUAACUCAUGCUCUUUCUGCCUGGAAACCCCUCCAGGAUUGUUUCUUACAGAGGCUAAUCUGGAUUCUCCUGCUGGUGUUCAUGGGUAGCUUUCUUCAAGGAUUACAUGGUUCCAUGAAUGGAUUUGAAUUUGACAAUGGUUCGAUUUCAUCAGUCUUUCAAAAUCUCAAUUUUCAAAGUGGUGAGUCCACAUAUCCCAUCACUGCACAGCUUCCUAUUGAUUCAGACGCAAGCCCCUACACGGAUUCUCCAGAUAAUGCAUGUGUCGACAAUAAUGACUCUGCUGAUGCCGUUCUCAAGUUCAUAAAUGAGAUGCUUAUGGAAGAAGACUUAGAAGAGGAGAACUGCAUGUUGCAGGAUCGUUUGGCCCUUCAAGCUGCUGAAAAAUCCUUCUAUGAUGUCAUUGGCCAAAGAUACCCUCCUUCUCCUAGACAGAUCUCAUGUUCCAAUCAGAAGAUCUACAGCCCAGAUGAUUGUUUCAUUAUGGGAAGCAGUAACAAUUGCUAUACAACGGCUAGUAGUAGUAGCCUGGUUGAAUCUAAUUAUGUUCUUCAAAGUUCUCUUAUUAACUCUCCGUUUAACACCUUUUUAGUACCAGAUUUGUACAGUCAGAUACAACCUUUCGAAAGGUUCCAGGAAAGAAUAGGAGAAGCUGGUGAGAGACUUCUUAAUGCCGGUGUGAAUGUUUCCGCCCAAAGCAACUUCCUGAAGCCUUCAAAACCAGAACUGGUGGCAGUAACCAUGGCAGAGAAGACUAUGAGGUAUUCCCCUCCAGAUGGGUUAGGAGGUCGGAAAAAUUAUCAGCGAGAUGAUAGCAUGUAUCUUGAAGAUGCAAGGAGCAAGAAGCAUCCAGCAUUCUCUCAAGCAGAGCCAGAAGAAACGAUGUAUGAUGACGUAUUACUCUGCAAGGCUGAGAAUAACAAUUCAGAAUUGUGUUGUCUUUAUGGACCACUUCACAAUAGAUCGAGUGAGAAGUUGCAGCAUAGUGGACAGGGAGAAAUGAAAAACACAAAGAAGAAACGGGGACACAGAAGAGAAGUUGUGGAUUUGUGUAAUCUCCUGAUUCAAUGUGCACAAGCUGUGGUUAGCUAUGAAAAAAGGACUGCGAAUGAACUACUGAAACAAAUCAAACAGCACUCUUCUGCAAUUGGAGAUGAAACUCAGAGAAUGGCAUAUUAUUUUGGUAAUGGUCUUAAGGCACGACUCGAUGGCACAGAAACUCCAGCCUAUACCCCAAUUGUAAGUAACAGAAUAUCUGCAACUGAUAUCCUAAAAUCUUACAGGUUAAUUACUUCAGUGAGCCCCUUCAGGAAAAUGUCACAUUUCCUUGCAAACAAGACCAUUAUGAAACUAUCAGAGAAAGCAACGAGGCUCCACAUUAUUGAUUUUGGCAUUCAUUAUGGUUUCCAAUGGCCUAUUCUUAUCCAAUGUCUCUCGGCUAGACCUGGAGGACCUCCCAGGCUUCGUAUAACGGGAAUUGAAUUUCUUCAACCAGGAUUUCGGCCAGCAGAAAGCGUUGAAGAGACAGGGCGUCGCUUGAAAAGAUACUGUGAUAGGUUUAAUGUGCCAUUUGAAUACAAUGUCAUAGCACAGAAAUGGGAAACCAUUCAACUUGAGGAUCUCAACAUUGAUAGGAAUGAGAUGACUGUUGUUAACUGUUUGUACCGGAUGAGGAACAUACCAGAUGAGACAAUGGAUGUCAAUAACAGUCCAAGGGACAUUGUUUUGAGACUAAUCAAGAGAAUUAAUCCAGAUAUCUUUAUCCAUGGGGUGGUUAAUGGUACUUACAGUGCACCAUUCUUUAUCACAAGAUUCCGGCAAGCUUUAUUCCAUUUUUCGGCACUGUUUGAUAUGCUUGAGGCCACCACACCUCGCGAAGAUCAUUAUAGGCUGAUGUUUGAGAGAGAAAUAUACGGGAGAGACAUCAUGAAUGUGAUUGCGUGUGAGGACAUGCAGAGGGUUGACAGACCGGAGACUUACAAGAAGUGGCAGAUUAGAAAUAUCAAGGCUGGGCUCAAGCAACUCCCAUUGGACAAGGAAAUUUUGAGGGAAAUGAAGAGCAUGGUGAAAUCAAGUUAUAAUUCAGAUUUUGUUAUUGGUGAGGAUGGCGACUGGAUUCUCCAAGGGUGGAAAGGGAGGGUGAGUUCUGCUCUCUCUUGCUGGAAACCAAUCCAGGAGUAACACCACUAAUGGCUAAAUAGAUUCAACUUGACAUUGUUUGCCUUGCUUCCUUCAAUUUAUUACAUCUUCAGCCGCUGUGCUUAGGGCAAGUCAUAGAAAUGAAUCCUGCUUAAUUGUUUUAGGCAAUAAUAUAUCUUAAAAUAUGUGGGGAUUGUUUAUCUAUUUCA